GUAAAGUUCCCAUAUCGCCCUCAAAUUUUACCAGAAUUCCAAUUGUUGUCCUCCUAUGCCUCAUCAAACACAUACAUUGUUCCACACCCCUCACCAAAGGAUAAAUUCUCUCUCUUCCCUGUUUCUAACUUUUUAUGUCUAUAUAACACAAACAAACACAAACCCACAACGUCCCAAAGUCUCCUCCUUCAUGGGUUGUCUUUAAGAUAAGUUAUUUGAUCUUUGGAGUUAUUUAUUGAUUUGCAUUUUGUAAGAUGCCUGGAGUUGUUAUGGAUGGAGUACAUGAAGAUGAUGGGGUAGUGAAUGAAUUUAAAAUUGAAAAUGGGAAUUCUACUUUGCUCAAGGAAAAUUCGGUUGCAAAUAGGUCUCCGAAGAGUCCUUUGAGUCAGCAAAGUCCCCGGACUUCCCCUGCUGGUGUCCCUUUUGAUGGGGUUGUCAACACCUCAAGUCCUCGGACUGCCCCUGCUGGAGUCCCUUUUGAUGGGGUUGUCGACACCUCAAGUCCUCGGACUGCCCCUGCUGGAGUCCCUUGUGAUGGGGUUGUCGACACCUCAAGUCCUCGGACUGCCCCUGCUAGAGCCCCUUUUGAUGGGGUUGUCGACACCUCAAUUGAAAAGCUUUAUGAUAAUGUAUAUGAGAUGCAGAGCUCUGAUCAAUCACCAUCGAGGCCUAGCUUUGGAUCGGAUGGUGAUGAGUCUAGGAUUGAUUCGGAGUUGCGCCAUCUUGUGGGAGGAGAGAUGAGGGAGGUGGAGAUAGUGGGGGAUGAAGAGGUGGAAAAGCCUUUGGAUGAUUGUCAUAGUGAUUCCACUUCUAAGAGGGAGAAUUCAUCAGUGGAUAAGAAGUCGGGGAAGUUGGAUAAGACCCAAUCUUCAAGUACCAAGUCUCCUUCCGCACAAGCAAAGAAAGCUUCUCACUCGCUGCUGGAAUCCGAAGUAUCAUCAAAAUCUGGGUCUAAGAGCAAAAGUCCGCAGGAGAAACCUCCUGUUGAUAAGUGGAAUGAUAAGAAUUUGAGAAAAGCAAAUGCAGGAGGCAUCUCCAUUAAAAAACAGAGGUAUUCACAUUUAGGAGGUGUGAAGUUACAAAAUGGAAUUGAGGAUUCAUCCGAGUCUGGUUUAGAUAACCCAGAUCUUGGACCAUUUCUCCUUAAGCAAGCAAGGGAUUUGAUUUCUUCUGGGGAUAAUCCCCAGAAAGCUCUCGAAUUAGCUCUCAGAGCAGCAAAAUCAUUUGAGAAAUGUGCAAAUGGGAAGCCGAGUUUAGAUGUGGUGAUGUCUUUGCAUGUAACAUCAGCAAUAUACUGUAAUUUGGGUCAGUAUAGUGAGGCAAUUCCAGUGCUCGAGCAUUCAAUUGAGAUCCCAGUGAUUGAGCAAGGACAAGAUCAUGCCCUUGCUAAAUUUGCUGGUCAUAUGCAGUUGGGUGAUACUUUUGCAAUGUUGGGCCAACUUGAGAACUCAAUAGCCUGUUACAUGACGGGUUUGGAAGUCCAGAAACAAGUUUUGGGAGACACAGAUCCCAGAGUUGGUGAGACUUGCAGGUAUCUGGCUGAAGCUAAUGUUCAGGCAUUGCAAUUUGACGAGGCUGAGAAGCUUUGUCAGAUGGCACUUGACAUACAUAGGGAGAAUGGUUCACCUGCUUCUCUUGAAGAGGCAGCAGAUAGGAGGCUCAUGGGCCUUAUAUGCGAAACAAAAGGAGAUCAUGAAGCUGCUCUUGAGCAUCUGGUCUUGGCUAGCAUGGCCAUGGUGGCAAAUGGCCAUGAAACGGAGGUGGCGUUCGUGGAUUGCAGCAUUGGAGACACUUACUUAUCCAUGGCUCGGUAUGACGAGGCUGUUUUUGCUUAUCAGAAGGCACUUACAGCUUUCAAAUCCACCAAAGGUGAGAAUCAUCCAGCUGUUGCUGCAGUGUUUGUCCGUUUGGCCGACUUGUAUAACAGGACGGGAAAGCUGAGGGAAUCAAAGUCCUACUGUGAAAAUGCCCUUCGAAUUUAUGAAAAGCCCCUUCCUGGGAUUCCUGCGGAGGAGAUUGCCAGUGGUCUGACUGAUGUUUCUGCUAUUUAUGAAUCAAUGAACGAGCUUGAGCAGUCACUUAAGUUGUUACAGAAGGCACUAAAGAUAUAUAAUGAUGCCCCUGGUCAGCAAAGCACAAUUGCAGGAAUUGAAGCACAGAUGGGAGUUGUGUAUUAUAUGUUGGGAAAAUACUCUGAAUCUUACACUUCCUUCAAGAAUGCCAUUUCAAAGCUCCGGGCAAGUGGAGAGAAGAAAUCUGCCUUCUUUGGUAUUGCUCUGAACCAAAUGGGGCUAGCUUGUGUGCAGCGUUAUGCUAUAAACGAGGCUACAGAAUUGUUUGAAGAAGCAAAGAGUAUUUUGGAGCAAGAGUAUGGACCUUAUCACCCAGACACACUCGGGGUAUAUAGCAAUCUUGCUGGUACUUAUGAUGCAGUUGGCAGGUUGGAUGACGCAAUUGAGAUUUUGGAACGUGUUGUUGGUAUGAGAGAGGAAAAGCUUGGGACAGCGAAUCCGGAUGUUGAUGAUGAAAAGAAAAGGUUGGCUGAGUUAUUGAAAGAGGCAGGCAGGGUCCGGAGUAGAAAAGCCAGAUCACUUGAAAAGCUCCUCGAUGCCAACCAUCACGCUGUAAACAACGAUGCCAUUAAGGUAUGACAAGGGUAGUUAUAUAUAUUUUUGAACAAUGUAAUAUAGGAGAUAACACUAUUUAUAAUCAGAAAAAAGGAGAAAAAAUACCGAUGAACGUGUUGAUUAGAUUCCUGUUGUGUUGGUGAAUGAAAAAUAAUUGCAGGGUGAGGAUUGGUUGUAAUAUUGAUUUAUAUUUUCAUAUUGGUCAGAGGUCAUUCUAUUUUGUAUUACAUUAUUAUUGUAAUCAUGGGAAUUCCCUGUUGACAUUAUAAUCAUAUUGUAUAUUGUUCGAUCA